GUUUUUAUAUAACAGGAAAAAAAAAUUGAAAUGGAAUGGUCAGAAAAAGAAAUCGUAAAAUUAAUUGAAUGUUACAAAGAAGAACCCGUAUUGUGGAAUGUCAAAUUGACAGAUUACAGAAAUAAAAAUAAAAAGAAUAAUGCAUGGAAUAAUAUAUCUGUUAAACUCAAAAUUGAUAAAAUGGAAAUAGAAAGAAAAAUGAAAGUUUUAUUGGCCGAAUACCGUCGAGAAAAACAAAAAACUGAUAAGAAGCUUAAGGCAGGAAUAGGGACUAAUGAAGUUUAUUCAACGUCGUGGUUUGGAUAUAAAUAUCUUUCAUUUUUAUCAGAUAAGAACAAAGUCAAAUCAACAACAGAUUCAAUCGGAAAUAAAAAUGAUAAUCCCUCAGCGAAAAAAAAAGAUAAAGAAGAAGAAGAAGAAAUAGUAGUAGAAUCGAAAUUGGAAAAGAAUGUUACAGCAGAAGAGGUAAUAACAAAUUCAUCAGAGACAUGUUUUCCUGUAGAUAUCACUAGCAGUGUAACACCUAAAAAAUUUUGCUCUCCAAAAAGUAUACAAUACAAACGAAAGAAACCGGAAGAAGAUCCCAGAGUUACGGAGGCUUACAAUUUAAUGAAAAAUAUUACGUGAUGAAUAUACUGCCUAUGGUGAAUAUGUUGCAACUAAAUUAAGAAAAUUGAAUCCUCAAGUAAAAGCUACUGCUCAAUUUGAA